ACUUCCGUUGAAAUGUCACCACAAUUUGUAAUCAAUUUGAUUGCAAGUCACAGUCUUGAUUGUGAAACUCUAUGACUCAGCGAUUGCUACAUCGUUUAGUAAAGGGGACGUGUAACUUUUGGAAGAAGUUUAAUUCAAAAAUAAGAAUGGAUGUCGAAAAUAAGAUUGUUGACCUUACUAUAGACCCAGUUGAUUCAAAAGGAUACAUGGACAUCAGUGACUUUAAUGUGUUUGCAUGGUCAAUUUCUGGAAUUGAAACAUCAGUAGUCGUGAGGAAGAAAUUAGGGGGGAUGAUAUGUUGCUUUGACAUGGGAUAUUCUUGCAGACAAAACGUUGGUUGUGAUAAAAUUUUAAUCAGCCAUGGACACAUGGACCAUAUAUCUGCUGUUCCACAUCAUAUCAAGAAGAGAGAGUUGAAUGGUCUGAAAGGUGCAACAUAUUAUGUACCACCUCAUCUUGUAACUCCCUUGCAAGAAGCUUGCAGACAGUUUUCUGUGAUCAGUGAGGAUAAACAAGUUCUCCAAAAUGCACACAUAGUUGGCAUUAGUCCUGGGGACAAUAUUAAUGUAAGGGGUAAUCAUUAUGCAAUACCAUUUCCGACUGUGCAUCGGGUUGCGAGUCAAGGAUAUCUGGUCUACAAGACAACCAAGAAACUAAAACCAGAAUUCAAGGACCUUAAAGGGCAUGAAAUUGGGGCCAAGAAAAAGGAUGGUGUAGACAUUUAUGAUGUAACAGAAACUCCAGAAGUAGCGUUCACAGGUGACACAACAUUUCAGGUUUUUACGAACAGUGUGGCUCCACCUGACUUGUUUAAGGUAAAACUGCUGAUCAUGGAGGCGACAUAUCUGGAUUCUACCGAAGACAUGGAAGAAAAUGUCGACAAGGCACGACAGUGGGGCCAUAUUCACCUCUCAGAGAUAUUUGAAAAUGCUGAGCUGUUUAAAGACAUUGAGAACAUUCUCCUCAUUCACAUGUCCGAUAAAUACUCUCCAAGCUACAUAAAUAAACAAGUGUUCCAAAAUCUACCUGAUGUGCUCAAAGGGAAAGUCCGUGUGGCAACUUUGGCAAAAGAAAGAUAUCUAUAAUGGAUUUUAUUGAAUCCAUUCAUAAAUAAGAUAGUGAUAUUAUUUUUGUCAUGCAGGUUUAGGCAUGGCAUAGAAAUCUUUGAAAAUUAUGGUUUUAAUAGCUACAACCCUUUCAGUGACAUGCAUUAUAUUGUACAGGCCCCAAUUUUCGUGAAAUAUCUUAAGCAUAACAGGUUUAAAUAUCAUAUGUCACUUAACCAAUUGCUUGAUUAAACUUGGUUUCAAAAUAAUUUUAAACAAAAAAAAGUUUAUCAUUAAAAUAUUAUAUUUUAAAUAAUUUAAAAGUCUCAAAACUCUCAAAAAGAGAAAAUUUCUCAAUUUACCGGUACACCAAAACCGAAAUAGUGAAAUAACUUUAUUCUGUUAUACUCAAGGAUUUACGGGUAAGAUUAUCCAAGAAAUUGGGGCCUCAUAUCAUAAAACACAUUAUCUGCCAUAAUAAUUUGUUAGUCAAAAUUCAUAUCAAUCAGGGAUUAUUUGAGAUACAAACAUGUAUGUACACAUGCUAUUGGUGCAAUGAUAUUUACCUCUCUUCCUUACAACAAACAUUUUCUAUAGCAUUUUUACAAAUAAAUAUUGUA